AUGAAUCUAAAGCUAGUGAAAUUUAUUCAAAACAAUCCAAACAUUUGGAAUCCUAACCAUCCGAAAUACACGUCAGUUGAAUACCGCGAUCAAACUUACGCCAAUUUUGCCAAUAAAUAUGGCAAUGAAUUCACGGGACAAGCAGUGAAAGAUCGAUGGACGAAUAUCAGAUCUACUUUUGCUAACUACUUAAGAAAAUUGAACGCAAGUCGAACGAAGGAAGGAGAGGUAUAUAAAGUUAAAUGGCAUUUAUGGGAAGCUUGCAGUUUUUUACUAAAUGUAAAUAAAAGAAAUAAGUUGAGAAAAUCAACAGCUGAAUGUCGCCAAGAAGAAGCCAAGGACAACGUUAAUGUUAAGGAUGAAGAAUUAAGCAGCUAUGAAGAUGAUUUUUGUAACAACUCUACGAAUGAUGAUGAUUCAACAUGUCAAAAUGUUGCAAAUGUCAUGUUCAAGAUAAGUAACUUUUAUGACAAGAGCAACUCAUUAAAGUUCCUAAAUUUAAUGAUAUCGAGAUGGGACGAAUUACACAAUGAUACGGAAGUAUUUCGUUAUAAAAUCGAUAAGUUAGAAGAGCGGUUCGUAAAUGAGAAAUAUCUUAUACUAUUAAACCCUGAUCGUAAUACGAAAAGGAGAGCCCCUGAAGAGAUGAACAAUAUAUGCCAACAGUUUGAUAAAAAUAAAUUUAACUUUACGAAAGUUCCAUCUAAUGAAAUAUUGUUUUCUAUAGAAGACAAAGGUUCAGAUGUUCACACAGUUCUAGUGAAUGUAAGUCCAAUAUCAAGAUACCACUCACUGCUGUGCCCAUCAGUGAACAAAUGCUUACCACAGGUUGUGACAGUUGAAAGCUUGGCUUUGGCCGUAGAAAUUAUGUUUAUUGCAGAGAAUCGGAACUUGAGAAUUUUAUUCAACAGCCUGUGUGGCUUCGCAUCUGUAAAUCAUCUACAUUAUCAUCUUUUUAUUGAAGAGAAUGACUUCUAUGUGGAAAAAGUGACUUGGCAGCAUGUAAAUAGUCGUGUCUACCGACUGGACGAGACCUACCCUGUACCGGCAUUUUGUUUUGAAGUACAAAGACAUUCCAUUUUAGAAACGACAAUGGACAUAUACAAAGUGUUAGAAUAUUUCCUGAAGAAUUCCAUUGCGCAUAAUAUUCUUUUGACCAGAAGACAUCGGUUGGAUGCUGUAGAUGAUGCAGUCAAAGUGAUCAUUUGGCCUAGGAAAAGUACGACGGGUGCUAAGCAGUUUUCGUUUAUAAAUGUAGCUGUUCUUGAAUUAAGUGGCUGGUUUUCUGUUCACGAUGAGGAGCAUUUCAAGAAUCUUACUGCAGAAGAUCUAGAAAAGGAGUUGAUGAAGUGGAAAUUAGACGAUUUUGACAAAAUAUGUGAGGACAUCAAACAGUUAUAG